AUGAACAAAGCCAUAGAUGAUAGUCAGCUGGCAUGGGCUCGAGAAUAUUGUAUUCGAGUGCCCCAGGACAUAGAUCACGAAGCUGUAUAUAAAGAGUUGCUGAAGUGGACUCCAGAUGCCAAACCACCAAAGGCAGUACUUUCUCUGACGGGAGGAUCGACACAUUUCUUAAAUAAUGAAACACUUGUUAGUCGAUUGAAAAGUGGUUUACUCAACCUUAUAACCACCACAAGCUUGUGGAUUUUUACGGGAGGAACAAACUACGGAAUUACCACUUCUGUAGGUGAAGCAGUUCGGGAAUAUAAGGAGAAAAACGACAAAAAUGACCAUAUCAUGGCUUUUGGAUUUUUACCCUGGGUCGAGAAUUUGAAGAACAUAGAGCCAAACCAUACACACUUCGUCAUGGUAGAUGGUAGUAAGGACAAGGCAUCGGAGUUGAGAACAAAACUGAGAUCUUAUUUUAAAAGUAAGAUCGAUACUUUUAGUAUUAAUUGGCAUAUCUAUUACACGGUGACAUAG